AUGAUGAUGUCUGCGCCUUCAACAACUCAAGUGACGCCAACAUCCAGCCCCACGGGCUCAGCUGGAUCUUUGAGCAAAUAUGGUGAGGGCAGUAGUAAUAUCAGUGGUUGUAGCAGACACUACCAGAACGUAUAUCGACUGGCAUUCAGACAAACUACUCCUUCGUCAAAAACCGAUCCCAAUCACGAUAAAUUACAUUCAAACCACACCUCGUCUCGAAACCCGCUGCGUAAUGGAUUAACAUCAUCUGAGAAUAUUAGAAAUAUGAACAAAGGGGGAGGAAUUUCGACAAGUACAACUCUUGAUGAAAAGAGACGUCUUGUCACUGGGGAUGACACUUUUUUAGCCCAAUAUAUCAAGUCAUUAGAAAUUCAAACAACGUUAAAUGAUCAGCAACUAUAUUUUAAAACGAUUGAAAAGCAACGAAAAGUGAAAUCGCUUGAAAUUUAUCAAAGAUACCUCAACUCAAACAGGAAAGUUGAUAAUGACAGGGAUUACAAGCAAUAUUUGAGCAAGAUUAGUCCCAGACUUCAACGCCGAAAUGUUUCUCAAUCGGAACCUACAAACGAAGUUCCAAUAACUGCAGCAACAAAAACAUCAACCACUACCACUACCAGCACUACUACUGAUCACCCAGCUAAACAAUCAGUUUUGGAACUACAAAAAAAGAAGCAACCUGCGUCUCAUAUAACUCAUCAACUACCGUUGGAAUUUAUGGAUUGUCCUAUUGACUUUCUAAUAGACCUCAUAUCAAGAAUGUUGCAAUCUUUGAUCACAUUGAAUGAUAAAUCGGUGCCUAGCUCGAUUUCCAAUCCACCAUCGACGUCAACAUCAACAGCAUCCACAGCAUCCACAACUUCAGCAGCGUCAACAACGUCAACAGGUGGUCAAUCUUCCAAUAGUCUAUUGACUCGAUACCACUCACGUACACCACCAGCAAUAUCAACAUUGACUUAUCUUUCUCGUCUUACAAAGUUUAACAAUUUCAAUCCGGCGAUUUUGCUAACGACUAUUUAUUAUAUUGAUCUUUUAUCCCACCAAUACCAACCAUUUUUCACUCUAAAUUCAUGGACGGUUCAUCGGUUUUUGUUGGUGGCCACUAUGAUUGCCCAGAAAUCAUUGGAGGAUUUCUUUUACACCAAUGACCAUUAUGCUAAAGUUGGAGGUGUGGCUAUUGGUGAAUUGAACUGCUUGGAAUUGGAUUUCUUAAAUAGAGUUGAUUGGCGGUGUGUACCGGGAAAACAAGUUCUCAACAAGACCACUGGGUCAAUUUGCACCAAUAUAGGACAAGCCAAAGAUGUGUUGGAUUUAUAUUACUGCCAAUUGAUUGAUUUGAUGGGGAAAAAUACCCAUUAUAACCAAGGCGAUGAGCAACCAGUACAUUACAUCAAAGAAAAAAGUAGGGGAGUGGGUAAAGGGCGAGAAAUGGUGCGGAAGGAGGAUGGAAGCUCAGCUGAUUGUGAAUCCUUGGAUGAUUAUGUACUGGAUGAUGGAGAAGAAUACGAUGAUGAUGAUGAUGAUGAUGAUGAUGGUGGUGGUGAUGAUGAUGGUGAUGCUGACCAGGAAGAGGAGGAUGACGUUGAAUUCUAUGACGAUGAUGAUGAUGAUGAUGAAGAUGAUGAUGAACCGAUAAGUGAAUUGGGAGGGGAUGAUGGCAAGUACAAACUACAUCCUGAGCUGAGACAGAAUCAGACUGAGCAAGUGUACGACAAGAAUGGAUUCAUCUUGAAUGGCUCUUCAUCGCCCCAUUUGAAACGAAGAUAUAGUGGUAGUUUAUAA